UCAGCAUGCUAAAGAGUCAGUGCAGACACAGGAGGAUGCUACAUAAAUAGAAACCGCUCAGCCCUUCUUUCCUCUCCUCCUCCAUAGAGAAGCAAAAGCAUGUUUAACCCCCAGUCUCCAGACUUCAUAGGAGGUUUGAUGGCAGAUACCGGCCUGGACUACCUUCGGCAGUUCGAUUCCCCAAACAUUCACUCCCUGCCGGAGGGUUUGAUGGCUGAUAUUUCGUCCUACGGCGCGCCGCCGGUUAUGCCGGCGAUCUUUUUUGAUCCGGGGGUGGGGAUGAAUAUGAACGUCUUAGAAGCUGGUUUGAUGCAUGAGUAUGGGCAGAUUGAGAGGUGUGAGAUGGAGUGCAGGAAGAGGAAGGGGAUGAUGAUGAGGGGUUUGGAGGAGUGUGGAACGCAGAAGAAUGAGAAGCAGAGGAGAGAGAGGUUGGGGAAGAAGUUUGAGCUGCUUAAGUCACUCAUCCCUAACCCAACAAAGCCCGAUAGAGCCACCAUCGUCUCCGACACCAUUGACUACAUCAAAGAACUACUAAGAACUGUAGAUGAGCUUAAAGUACUUCUUGAGAGGAAACGAAGCAAGAAUGCCAAAACCAUUAAACUCGAAAUAGAGAACGAGUUUCAUGGCGACAUGGAAAGCUCCUCUAUGAAAUCAAUCAUAGACGAAAGUGAUCAUGGUAUAAAUGGAAGCAUGAGGAGCUCAUGGAUUCAAAGGAGAUCAAAAUCAACAUUUAUUGACGUCAGAAUUAUCGAAGAUGAGGUCUAUAUCAAGCUUGAGCUGCGUAAGCGGGUUGACUGCUCUUUAAUAGUGUCCCGGGUUCUAGAUGAGUUACAACUUGAGCUGUUGCACUUGUCUUGUGGAAACAUAGGAGAUUGCCAUAUUUUCAUGAUCAGUGCUAAGGCAAGUUAUGAUGGCUCUCCGGUGUAUGCGAGUUCCGUGGCUAAGAGGUUUAUUGAGGUUAUGGGUGGUUAAAUCAGUUAUGUAACAAUUAUUUUAAUUUGGAUUUUUUUUUUUUUAGGUCAUGGGAUAUGAUUGCUAUGCAUUUAUUGAUUUACUUCAGGGGUUAGGUGAAGAAUAUUUUGCUUGCUGUCUGGGAACUUCGUUGUAGAAGUUUGGUAGAGUAGGUGAAUCAGAAGGCCUUUCAAGUAGUCUUUCUGAAACUUGAAAACUGUAAUUGCAUGACUGCACUGAGACCUGCGCUAAGUCAUUUGGUUAUUGUUGUGUGCUGGAAAACUUUCAAG